CAUAGUAUAAACUAAAGUAAAAAUGUCAAACAAGAAGCCGAGUCAACUAAAAAGGCCUCCAUCAUUCCCGGGCACCCAUGGUUCUACAAAGCAGAGAAAAAUUUCCCCAGAAAAUGAAGAAGAAAAGGAUUUGAGAGUCUUAUUGGACCGAAGGAAAGAGCUUGAUCUGAGAGAAUCGCUGACUCGACCGAUGACACGACAGGGAGCACGACAACUUCCAGGUGGAGAAAUAAGAGGAUACGACAAAAGUCACGAAACAGUCACAAAUGAUGCUUCACUGUGCACUCCAGGACCUAGAUCUACCAGUAAUCGGCCUGGGAGGAAGAGGAAACGGGCACCAUUCAAUCCAUAUUCAGAAGAAAGCGAAUUUAUUACUACUAAACGACAACAACUUGAUGCAGGCUCCUCACCUCAGUAUUAUGAAAAGACAACAGCUCUUUCUUCAAGCACACCACAAUUUUCUUCUAUAAAAACAUCAAGCAAUAGUUUAAAAGAUCGUCACCUGUCAUCGGUACCAAGUUGGUGUGAUACAAUGGCAAAAUACUUAAAGCUAUCGGCAAAGGAUGUAGUUUCACGUGAGUCCGUAUUGAAUGAUAUACACGAUUGCUUUGUUGAUUUAAUUCAUGAUAUUAAUGUUAAUGGUAUCCAUAACAAAGAGGGUUUGGUUUUAAAAGCUAUUAAAAUGUUAGCACUCAUUUGUCAAAAUUUGACUUGCAAUGAUAUGAUAGCGAGAGACCACACAGAAGGUGCUCUAAGCUACAAAUUUAUGAUUUUUGAUGACAUUUUUUUGCCAUUUUGGGCUACACUUGGAUCAUUCACACGUUCUCUUCCCUAUUGUGAAGUUAUUUUUAAAUUUGAUUUUAUUUCUUCACUGCAACAAGUUCUAAUGGCACUCCUUUAUAGCAAUGCAUUUCCUAUUCACAAAGUAGUUCAAUUUUUGCCACUUGAUGAUUUGCAUGGAGCUUUGAAGCAGCUUUGCGACAGUAGCUCUCAUGAUUUUAAAAUACUCUAUGAGCAGUCUUUACAGCUUUUAAACAAACGUGACAACCUAAGAAGUAGCCUCAUAAUGUCUAAUGCACAUGGCGAUACUUUUACUCUUUUGCCAAGUAGAAGUGACCUUAUGUCGAAAUCCAUCCAGGUUAAGAAUAAGCCUCAGUUUUCUUCUGAUUUGGAAUAUCUUGAAACCCAUUUUGAACUCCUGCGUCAGGAUUUCAUUCGCCCUUUGUGCGAUGUGCUACGCAACCUUCAAGAAAACAGUGAAGAAUAUUAUGAAGAUAACAAUGGUUAUAGUAGUGCUAUCACGUAUCAAAAUGUUCGAUUCAAUAAUAAAGAUAUUUGUGGUGGGGAUCUUGUCUACAAAAUCAGUUUUUAUCUACCUAAAGGAAGAAAGGUGAACUGGGAUCAUUCCAAGCGUUUUACAUUUGGCUCACUUCUUUGCCUUUCAAAUGAUGACUUCCACACUCUGUUGUUUGCUACUGUUGCUAAUCGUGAUGCGAAUGAAUUAAAGAGAGGAAUCAUUGCUGUAAAAGUGCUAGAUGCUAGUGUUGAACGUAUCAGCAAUCGUUCAAAGUACAAAAUGAUUGAAUCACCAGCAUAUUUUGAAGCAUAUUUUUCAGUGGUUAAGCAACUGCAUGCCAUGAAGUCAAACCCAGAAAACAAUUUACCAGAUUUGGCUAGAAAGUAUCUUGUCAAAGGUGAAACUGUUGUUCAAAUGCCACUUUACGCUCAAAUUCAUGAAGAAGCAAAUGAAGGACACUAUAUUUUAAACCUAAAAGGUGUCCUGUGUCAUUGCAGUACAAUUGGAGAAUGUCCUCAUGGCUACGAUAGUAUCAUUGUUUCCGAGACAGAAUUCACUGUAAAAGAAGCAGUGGAAGAAUUUCAAGAUGAAAUAAGUGAUAGUGAAGAUGAAGGAACUUUAGCCAAUGCUGUAAUACUUAAAAAUUCAAGUUUGAUUUCUUCCAGCGAUUCUAGUGAUAAUGAAAUGGAAGAAUCUUUGAUUCCAGUGGUUGAUUUUCAAAACUCUCAGCCGUCAAUGCCUUCUUUCUCUGAGAAACUUGAUGAGUCUCAGGUAGCUGCUUUGAGACUAGCACUGUCAUCCGAAGUUGCUCUUAUUCAGGGUCCUCCUGGAACAGGAAAGACUUAUAUUGGAGUACAAUUUGUGAAGGCUAUGCUUCAAAAUAGACUAAAAUGGAAUUCAGAAAAAUCAGUACCGAUACUUGUCAUGUGUCAAACUAAUCAUGCCCUAGACCAGUUUCUGGAAGAAAUAUUGGAUUUGGGAAUAAGUAAAAAUCUUGUCCGAAUUGGUGGAAGGUCAAAGAGUGAGAGAAUACGUAAUAUGAAGCUCAAUAUCAAAGAUAAAAAACGACAGAUUCGAUUUGAUAGAAAAUCUAUUAUGUCCACAAGGAGGUCACAACGUCCUGAAUCUAUGAUUUUUCCUAGCUUAUUUUUUCGUAAAGAAGAUUUGACCCUUAUGAAAUGCAAAUAUGAUGCACUUGAAGAGCUAUGUUAUAAAGGCCUGCCAUAUAAUGAGCUUAAUAAGAUGUUGUAUUAUUCAUUUCUCCAUCCAAGACAACUCUAUAGCUGUACAAGUGACUGUGUUAUACAUAACUAUUUUAUAUUUGAAGGCAUAGAAAGUGUUGAAGAUGUUCUCCAGUGGUUGAACAUAGAAGUUAAAACCCCAGAAAAUCCAAAAAAUUCUCAAAGUUUUUUUAGAGAUUAUUAUGCAGAUUCUGAGGAAGAUGAGCGUAGAAUUGAUGCUGAAGAAGAUAGAGAUGCAGAACUUGAAGGAGUUGAAGUAUUGAAUGCAGCAAAAAGUCAAGGAGACCUAGUGAACUUUUUAAAAAAACUACAAAGGUCAGAUCCAUAUGAAUCUAGAAUUAAGCAUAUUCAAGGCAAGCUACGGCUUGAUCAAAAACGUGAACUAUUAAAAUUUUGCUUAACAAAGCAGUGUAAAUGCCUAAAACAUAAACUUCACGAGCUUGAAAAAAAGAAGGAAAUAUAUGAAGAUGAAGAUGAUGCCAUUACUCUUCAAGCACUGAAAGAAGCAGAUAUUGUAGGAGUGACCACUACUGGUGCCUCAAUGAACAUUAAGGUGCUGCAAAAAGUUCGCUCAAAAAUAGUAGUAGUAGAAGAAGCAGCUGAAGUAAUGGAAGGGUACAUUGUAGCUGCUUUGACAAAGCAUGUUCAACAUCUUGUUUUGAUUGGUGAUCACAAACAACUGCGUCCAAAAGCCAAUGACUUUACUAUAGGACGAAAGCAUGGUCUUGAGAUUUCACUUUUUGAACGUCUCAUUAAGAAUGGUUUGUCAUCUGUUCAGUUGAAAUAUCAACAUCGAAUGAGACCAGAAAUUGCCAAAUUAGUUUGCCCUCAUAUAUACCAGGAGCUUUUUGAUCAUCAGAAAGUCCUAAAUUACAAAUCAGUUAAAGGUAUGAAAACUAAUAUGUUUUUUGUCAAUCACACUUUUCCUGAAAAGCCAAUGGAAGGUUUGAUGAGUCCUGCAAAUAGUCAUGAAGCUGAUUUUGUAGUGCGUUUGGCCAAAUAUCUUCUUUUUCAAGGCUACAAGCCAGAUCAAUUAACCAUACUCACUCCUUACACAGGGCAAGUUGCAUGCAUCAAGGAGUGUAUAAAGUCUUUUGCUUUUGAAUCUUCUCCUCGUAUUGUUCCAAUUGAUAAUUUUCAAGGAGAAGAGAAUGAUAUUAUAAUCCUUUCCUUAGUUCGUUCUGUCAAGUCUGGUUUCAUGAAGGAAGAAAAUCGUAUUUGUGUUGCUUUAUCUCGUGCUAAAAAAGGAUUGUAUGUCAUUGGUAAUUUUGAGCUUUUCAUGAAAGAAUCACAAACAUGGAAGAAAAUUAUUAAUAGCCUAGACAAUAAUUUUUUUGGAUUGUCACUUCCUCUUCAAUGUCAUUUGCAUAAAACAAUUACUGAUGUAAAGCUUCCUGUGGAUUUUGACAAAGUAAAAGAUGGAGGUUGUUUGGAACUGUGUUGCUAUCGAAUGGUUUGUGGGCAUGUAUGUCCUAGACGCUGUCAUCCAGAUGACUUGGAGCAUAAGCAGCCGUGUUUAAAACCAUGCAGCCGCACAAUUUGCUCUUUUGAUCAUCCUUGUCCAAGACUGUGUUCUGAAAAGUGUCCACCAUGCAAAGAGUCAGUAUGGAAGACUAUACCUUCUUGCAAUCAUCAGCAGUUAGUUCCUUGUCAUUGUUCACCAGAUAUCUUCACUUGCCAAGAAGAAUGCAUUAAAAUGCUGGAGUGUGGUCACAGAUGUAAAAGAAGAUGUGGAGAAAAGUGUACUAAUUAUCAGUGUCCUGAGCUAGUAAUGAAAAUGUUACCAUGUGGCCAUGAAGCUCAAACAGAGUGUUUCCAUGAACCUGAGGAUUAUAUGAGACAAUGUAAAAUACCAUGUCAUGUAGAACUGGCUUGUGGGCAUUUGUGCCAAGGAAAGUGUGGCUCAUGUAACCAAGGCAGGCUCCAUAUUCCUUGUAAAGAAAAGUGCACACGCAUUCUAUUAUGUGGUCACCAAUGCUCCUCAAGGAAUUGUGCCAGUGAUUGUCCUCCCUGUCAAUUAAAAUGUCCUAGCUCAUGUAUUCAUGGACCAUGUGGCCACAAAUGUGAUUCUCGAUGCAUUCCUUGUGCUGAGCCCUGUGAAUGGCAGUGUCCUCAUCACAAAUGUACUAAAAGGUGUGGUGAUAUCUGUGAUAGGCCUCGUUGUGAUGAGCCCUGUCAGCUCAAGUUACAAUGUGGACAUCCUUGCUUAGGCCUUUGUUGUGAGCCUUGUCCACCACUAUGUAGAGUUUGUGAUCCAAAAAAUGAAGCUUUUAGUAUUCUUUUUGGUGAAGAAAGUGAACCAGAGUCUCGUUUUAUUGUGCUAACUGAGUGCCCUCACAUUUUUGAAGUGUCUGGUUUUGAUAUCUAUAUGGAUAAAAAUGAUGAAGCUGUCAAGUGGAAACGUUGUCCACAUUGCAAUACAAAUAUUACAAAAAGCCUUCGUUAUGGUAAUGUCAUCAAAAAAAUUAAAACAGACAUGAAUACCAUUAAAAUGAAGGAAUUUCAAAUAUUAAAUUGUUUUAAUCGUGGUAAAAUGAAGAGGGAUAUUUUAGAAUGGAAUGAUAAAAUUCAGUAUCGUAAAAUUCGUCACAUUGAUGAUUUACCUGAUGUAACUUUACAAUCUUUGCAUACACUCCUUUCUUCUGCCACUGAGUGUGCUGAAUUAAAAGAAAUGUUUCAUACUGGCUCUGAUUGUAGUGAUAUUAUUUGCAUUUCCAAGCAAAUCAUUAGGCUACACAGUUUUUUGAGAUCACAUCAUGUUAAAAAUUUGCAGUGUUUACCGCAACAAGUUAUUAGUGACAUUCAGUGUGAGAUUAGACGAUUUCAUUUUCUGAGAAAGUUUUAUGAAGUUCACAUAAAACCAAAGUCUUCUUUAGUGCAUUAUAAAUGGAUGACAUACAUGUAUAAAAAACAAAUUGAGGAGCUGAGUCUAACAAGCUAUAAACCAAAUUUGAAAAUGACAGAGGAAAUAUAUAAAGAAAAUUGUGAAAGUCUGUCUCGGUUUUGUAGAGAAAACAAUCUUGAUGCACCAACACCUGAGGAAAUAAGGCAAAUUGUAGCUGCCAUUGGUGGUAGAAAAGGAGCAUGGUACAAGUGUCCUAAUGGACACUACUACCAUAUUGGAGAGUGUGGAGGAGCAAUGCAGGUAGGGAAAUGCAUCGAAUGUGAUGCUCAAGUUGGAGGAAGUCAUCAUCGUUUACUGGAUGACAAUCAGCACGCUGGAGAAAUAGAUGAUUCUCGGUUUGCAGCUUGGGGCCAGGAAGCCAACCUUAAUAAUUAUGACUUGAAUGAUGUUUUGUGA